AUGAAUGUGCCGGAUGUAGAUGCUAUAAUUACUGAUUAUGUCCGCAAUAAAUGGCAACUGUCACAACCAGAAUUGAUUAUAUCACUGAUCGGUGGAAAUGAAUAUUUUAAAAAUGUAUCAAAUCAAACACGAAAAUUAUUUCAACAAGGCAUUAUAUCGGCUGCGUCAAACACAAAUGCUUGGAUAAUUACUGAUGGUUUACAUUUGGGUGUGGCACGAGAAGUAGGUCUAGCAUUUGAUCAACUUCGUUAUAAGAACAUAAAAACCAUACCAAAUAUUCAAUGUAUUGGAAUUGUCGAUUGGAAUAUUAUAAAAAAUAAUCAACAAUUAGAACAAUUUUCUGAUACAACAUCAGAUUCGGAUACCGGUGUUACAGCAGAUUUGAUUGUUCACGAAUACCAUAAUUUAUAUGGUGAAAAUCAAGAUCGAUUGAAAGUUGAAUAUGAGAAUGCCAUGCAAAAACCUGAAUUUAAUAAUUACGAUACAAACCAAACUUUUGGUUCAAAUCAAACUAGAUUGAAUGGAAUGACAAGACAAUUCAUCGAAAUGAUGAAAUCGGAAAAAGGUUAUUUCUUAUUGAAUUCAUUUCAGUUAUCUGAAAAUGAACCAGAGUGGAAACUUGAUGAGGCCAUAUUGAGUGCACUUUAUAAUGCUGUUCAUAUAGCCAAUAAUACAUGGGAAAGAAACGCACGCAAUCUUAUAUUAGCUACCGCAUGUAAAAAAUAUGAACGAGUAAAACAGUAUAUAUUCGAAAAACAAAGUAUUUCAAAUUGGCCAUCAUUAGAAUUGGAUAAACCAUUAAAGUUUGCAAUACAUGGAAAUUAUAUACGCUUCAUUGAAUUGUUCAUUGAACAUGGUACAUCGUUCGAACGAUUGCGCCGAUUAAUUACUAUUAAUGAUUUAUAUAAAAAUUUAACUGCAAGUGACCGAUCAGCAAUGCUUCCUAUUGUGAAUGAAAAUGACCAAUCAGCAAUGGUUCCUAAUGUCAAUGAAAGUGAUCAAUCAGCAACGAUUCCUAGCGUCAGUGAAAAUGACCGACCAGCAGGGGCUCGCAGCGUCAAUGAAAAUAACCGAUUAGCAACAACCCUUAAUAUCAAUGAAAGUGACCGAUCAGCAACGGUUUCUAGCGUUAAUGAAAAUGAUCAGCUAGUAAUAGCUCCUGAGAUCAAUGAAAAUGAUCGAUCAGCAGCAGCUACUGGCAUCAAUGAAAAUGAUCGAUCAGCAACGGCUCCUAGUGUCAAUGAAAAAAUGGAUAUUCGCCGAAAAUAUUAUGCAGCUUGUUUUAAAUCAAAUGUGAUCAAUUUUGAUUUGAAUUAUCAAGUAGUUGAUAACUAUGAUAUCAUUGAUCGAUCGGAAGUCGUGAAUCGAUCAAGGAAUGGUAUGGUGGUAUUCUCUUCGAAUGAUGCUAUUCGAACUAAUGGUUAUCUCAUUGAAGGAUCUGUCGAUUUUGUCACAUCAAAUGCAUUAGUAGAUCCUGAAAUUUAUUUAUACAUUAUAUCAACAACAAGAGAGAAAAAUAUAUUCAAUAUCAUCUAUCGACAUUCAAGACCAAUAAAACUUACUACUUCAAAUCCAAAUACGAAUAAUAGGAGCACGACACUUGGAUCUACUGUUCACCAUUUCUCAAUAAAGGAUUCAACUAUUUACUUAGAAAAUGGUCAAUAUCUUGGUAUUGGUUUUAGUAACAGUUCUGGUCAAUUAUAUCAAAUUCAGGGUAAUAUAUCAUAUUAUAAGGAAAUGAAUUCAGCCAAUGAGGCAUACUCAAUUGGACAACCGACCAGAUUUACACCACACGAAAAUUGUUCUAUUGGAUUCACUUAUAAAAUACAACCAGCAUUUAAUUUUAUUCGGGAUUUAUUACUUUGGUCAACACUAAUGGAUCGUUUAUAUUUGACAAUAUUUUUCUGUUCUCAAACAGAAAAUACAAUUGUAGCAUCACUUUUGAUCAGUAAAGUUUAUCAAAUUGCUGGCGAAUCUGGAAAAAAUUCUGAAAAAAAACUUAUUUAUCGAGAACGAGAGAAAAUAUUUGACGAACAUGCAACAAUAAUAAUGAAUCGAUGUUUUAAUAUAAAUGAAGAUGCAGCAAUUCAAAUAUUGACAUCACCUUCUGAACUCUAUUUCAAUUAUAGUCCAUUGGAAUUGGCCGAAGACAAUGGUAGCCAUUCAUUUUUGGGAACCAAAUGUGUACAAACAUAUCUUGACAGACAAUGGAGUGGUGCUAUCAUAUAUAAAACACAAUCGUCAAUAUGGAUUCGUACUCUGCAGAUCAUCUUGUAUUGCAAACAAAGAUGUACAUGGAAGAUGCGUCGAAUUUUUAAGAAAUACAUUACAGAUAAUUAUUGGAAUGCUAUUGAUCUAAUUGCAAUGUUCUGUUAUCUUGUUAGUUUGUUUACACGUCUCGUUAACACGAAUUGGUUUUUUAUUCCAAAAAUUCUCAUAUGUAUUACACAUUGUUUAUGGUAUGUUCGAAUCUUACAACUUUUUACGGCAUCCAAAAGAUGUGGUAUUAAAUUAUUGAUGAUAUUCAAAGCUGCAAAAGAUUUACUUAUCUUUCCUAUAUUCAUACUCAUAUUCUUGAUGGCUUAUUCAAUUACAUCAUAUUCAUUGAUGGCAACGAAAAAUCAGAUUGAACAGAAUAGUGGAAAUAUCUCUCAUAUUAACAACUCCAAUAUAACUAAUAAUCAAAUCAUGGAAAUAAAUGAACCAUCAAUUAUCGAUGAGAUUACACAAAAUAACAUAACCAACAAUCAUUCAUUGAUGUUUACCGUAAAAAAGAAAAAUAAGAUCGAUCUAGAAUUUUUACAAAUGAUUCCAAUACAUGUUCGAAACAUUAUCGAUUGGGGUAUGUGGAAAGUUUAUGGACAAGUUGAAAUCCUAGAUCAAAAAACAGCCGAUGGUAUUACAUUAAAUGCUGAUAACGAUGCUUAUGGGAAUACAACAUUCAUUUUAACGAUCGUCUUUGUUUGUAUUUCAAAUCUUCUUCUUUUGAAUGUUCUUGUUGCGUUGUUCAAAAUGAAUGUUAAAUAUAAAUUUGAAUUGAAAUUAUAUUUAGCUAUCAUAUAUGGUCCUCUUCUUAUUAAUAAUAAAUUAAAUUGGACUAUUCAUAAUAUGAUUACAUUUAAUAGUAAGGAUCAAGUCAAAUUAAAUGGUAUUAUCAACAAAGUUUCAAUUCAUUUUUCAACGGUACCAACAGCUCAAGAACCUGAAAUAUGGCUAUUUGUAAUGAAAUCUGGAAUAAAACCGAAUGAAUUCGAUAUUGUUCGAUAUCAACAACUAAAAGAAGUAAAGCGAAAGACUGGUAUACAAAUAUUUACUGAUCUCAAUAUGCAAAUUGAUAAAGACCAAUAUCUAGCUAUUCGAUUUUCAUCCGAAGCCGGAAAUCCAAUUACUCUAGAAGGAAAUCAAUAUUAUAGUUAUUUUGAUUUUGGACAUCAUCUAGCUAGAACUAUUCCAUUUACAAUUUGUAAAAAUAAACGAAUUGCAAUGAAUUUUCAAGUUCUACCAAAUGGUUACGAAAAUCGUUCCAAAUUCCUACGCUGGUUUCGACACGAUGGUUUUCCUGUGAUCAAUGAAUAUCAAGAUUUUGAUCCAUAUGUACAAAACUCAUUUGAAAUAUAUGAUAGCUUGUUGUUCGAACGAGCCAUCGCUAAUGACUAUUGGAAAGAUGUUAUUGAUCUUAUGGAGAAAAAUGAACAAGAGAUAAUAUCAAUAAAAUGA